UUUGCUCCGACGCCUCAUUCUCGUUCUCAUCGGAGCCAGAUUGUCUCUCCAGGCGGCCCCUCGAAUCUUGAUGCUCUGCAGUUGUAUGCCGUAAGCGGAUGACAGAAAGGACAAUUGCCAGCGUCGUAGCCUGAUUCUCCCACCUGCAUCCGACGCGCAUGUUGCGACUCCUCGCACAUUCAGCUCGACCUCGUCUCGCAGCUUAUCUUCGCGUUCCUGCGUCGGUUUCCCCAGUCUUGCUAUCGUGCUCUCGGAACAGCCUAUCCCUCCGGUCAGGCUUCGCAAUGGUCGCUUUCCCCUCAGAUUCUGCUGGUGCUUGGACGCGCGUUACGUCCGGGAAAAUACCCUACGAUGUCUACACGAAGCCCAUCAACAAGUCUCCGCAGGACGAUCGGGAGUACAGGCUGAUUAGGCUGGACAACGGGUUGCAGGCCAUGCUUGUGCAUCACGCGAAGGCGGACAAGUCCGCCGCUAGUUUGGAUGUGGCUGUCGGACACUUGUACGACCCGGACGACAUGCCCGGCCUCGCGCACUUCUGUGAACAUCUGCUGUUUAUGGGUACGGAGCAAUAUCCGAAGGAGAACGAGUAUUCAGAGUACCUCUCCAAGAACGGCGGCAGCUCCAACGCGUACACUGGCACCUCGAAUACGAACUACCACUUCAACGUCUCCCCCACAGCACUCCCAGGCGCGCUCGCCCGCUUCGCCGGCUUCUUCCACUCACCGCUCUUCGCGCCCUCAUGCACCGUCCGCGAGCUAAACGCCGUCGACUCCGAGCACAAGAAGAACCAUCAGAGCGAUGUGUGGCGCAUCUUCCAGGUCAACAAGCAUCUCAGCAAGGACGGGCACCCCUGGCGCAAAUUCGGCUCUGGGAACAAGGAGAGCCUCUCGCAGGUCGGCAAGGACCUGAAGGCGAAGGGGCUGCUGAACGGCAAUGGCGCUAUCAAGAGCGUGGACGGCUCGCUGGCCGCUAACUCGACUUUGUCGAGGGCGGCUUCCCCCGCGCCGUCGGUCAGCUCUGCUAUCAGCGAGUCUGAGGGCGAUGGGGGCGUCGUCGGUCGGGAGACUCGUCGCAGGUUGGUCGAGUGGUGGAGCAAGGAGUACUGCGCGAGCAGGAUGCGUCUUUGCAUCAUCGGCAAAGAGUCACUGGACGAGCUCUCGGAGAUGGCUGCCGACUAUUUUUCACCGAUACCCAACCGUGGUCAAGAGCCGCUACCUAUGAUACCCGACCACCCUUUCGGACCGAACGAGAUGGGCACACUUGCUUCGGUACAAACGGUCAUGUCAUUCCACGCCUUGGAGAUCAGCUUCCCUCUACCGCACCUACCGCCGUACUGGAAGUACAAGCCUGCUGGCUUCCUGGCCCACUUCCUCGGCCACGAGGGACCUGGCUCCCUCCACUCGCACUUGAAGCAGAAGGGCUGGAUAACCGGCCUCAGCGCUGGCCCACAGAAUCUCGCCCGCGGCUUCGCCAUGUUCAAGGUCACGCUCUACAUGACGCCCGAAGGCUUUGAGAACUACGAGAGCCUCGUGCAAUCCGUCUUCAAGUACAUUGCCUUGCUAAAAGCAUCGGAGUUCCCACCCUGGCAGCAGCGCGAGCGCAGCCUCAUUAGCGCGACCCGCUUCCGCUUCGCAGAGAAGCGCCGUCCCGACGACUACGCCGUCUGGGUGUCCGAGCACAUGGCCUGGCCCGUCCCGCGUGAGCUCAUUUUGAGCGCCCCACAGCUCGUCGAGGAGUGGGACGUGAACGAUCCCGUGAAUGGUGGGGAGAGCGAGGUGCGCGAGAUCCUCGACUCGCUCACGAUCGAGCGCUCGCGGACCGUGCUCAUGGCAAAGGCGGAGGAGCACGAGCGCGUGAGAGGGAAGGAUCUUACGUGGGAGAAGGAGCCGUGGUACGGCACACCGUACCGCGUCGAGAGGUUCAGCGAGGAGUUUGUCCAGAAGGCGAACCAGCCGAACGACAUCGAGGAGCUGUACCUCCCUGGUCCCAACGAGUUCAUCCCAACCAACCUGAACGUUGAGAAGCGCGAGGUGGAGAAGCCUGCGAAGCGCCCAUUCCUCAUCCGCGAGACACCUCUCUCGUCUUUGUGGUUCAAGAAGGACGAUCAGUUCUGGGUGCCCAAAGCUCAGGUCGUCAUGGACCUCAGGACCCCGGUAGCCUGCGCAUCUGCACGCGCAACGGUCAUGACCAGAUUGUUCUCGGAUCUUGUAACUGACUCUCUGACCGAAUUUGCGUACGACGCCGACCUUGCGGGCCUAACCUACGGUCUGAGCAGUCAGUCGCUCGGCCUGUACAUCACCCUGAACGGCUACAAUGACAAACUCCAUGUUCUGGCUAAGGACGUCCUGGAGCGGACGAGGAACCUCAAGGUUCAGCCCGAUCGGCUCGCCGUCAUGAAGGACCAGGCCAAACGGGAAUACGAAAAUUCGUUGCUUGGUUCGCCGUUCCGUCUGUCGAACUACUACAUCCGGUACCUAUUAUCGGAACGUGAAUGGACUCCGGACGAGCUGUUGGCUGAAGUCACUUCGGUCACCCCGGAGGAGCUUCAGGCAUAUAUUACUUCGUUGCUGUCGAAGCUGCACAUCCGAAUGGCGGUUGUCGGCAACAUGUACAAGGACGAAGCUUGCAAACUGGCGGAGAUGGCUGAGGACAUUCUCAGGUCAGAACCUUUGCCGGCAGACCAGCUGUGGAAUCUGUCGCUCGUCCUUCCGCGUGGUUCCAACCAUGUUUGGUCCGCGCCGGUGCCUAACAAAAACGAAGCGAACAACGCCCUAACGUACUACAUGUCGAUCGCGAAAGCAGGCGACAGGCGUCGUCAAGUGCUCGCUGCGCUGGUCGCGCAUAUCCUCUCGGAGCCUGCGUUCAACAUCCUGCGCACCCGUGAGCAGCUAGGGUACAUCGUUUCGGCUUCGCACUGGCACAUGACUGGUGGCGGACAGACCGGCCUUGGCAUCAUAGUGCAGAGCGAGCGCGAGCCGAAGUACCUGGAGCAGCGCGUGGACGCCUUCCUAGGCGAGAUGCGGGAGAAGAUCGCGUCUAUGAGCGACGAAGAGUUCUCUGAACACAAGGUCGCGCUCCAGAAGCAGUGGCGGGAGGCUCCGAAGAACCUCACAGAGGAGCUGAACCGGUACUGGCCGCAAAUUGAGUGGGGAUACCUCGACUUCUACAGACGGGACCUUGAUUCCGAGCUCAUUGAAGGUGUGACGAAGGAGGAAGUGCUGUCGCUCUUCCGCUCCGCCAUCGACCCAUCCUCCACGGAGCGGGCCAAGCUUUCGGUGCACCUGAAGUCCCAAAAGCCGCGUCCGGCGAAGAUCAGCGUUGCUGCCAUGGAGGCAUUCGCCCGGAAGGUCGCGGAAAAGGGAUACACGGUGGACGAGCAGGCGUGGCGGAACGCCCUCGCAUCAGACGGCGACGCCGCACUGGACAAAUUUGGAAGCUACUGGCGGGAUGCGCUCCUGGCUCAGGCUGCGACCGUCCCUCCAGAGGUUGCGCAGAGCCUGACUGCCGAGGUACCAGUACUGCUCAAGGAGUACCCUUCAGGGGAUGAAGGCAAGGAUGACGUCGCGCUCGACGAGAGGGUGGCGUUCAUCCAAGAUGCCAAAGCAUUCCGUGCUUCGUUACCUGUGUCGGAGCGGCCGCGGCCAUUGGUUGAAUGGGGCGAUCUUCCUACGUCAAGAUAUUGAUGAACGUAGAGAUUCCUUGGAUACUCAUGUGUAGCGAUAGAUUAGCAUUAUUGUCCAUGGAUAAUUGGGCAUUGUUUAUGGCUAACAAUGUAUGUCGCCG